UCAGCACCGCGACUCAGGCCCUCAGAACCCCAUAUCAUGUGUGUAGCCUGUGGAAUUCCAUAUGCAUACCCUCCUUCAGGCACCCUUUCCCGCGCCGCGAUUUCCACUCCAUUUUAAAUCUCUGCUCACCGAAGCUCGUCCUCUGAAAACCUUAGAUAUAUCGUAGGAUUUUGAAAAGAAGCCAAGGGGCUUCCUUUCCUUCCCUUGGCCGUCGAGGAACCGGCGCCGGAAAACUAGGGUUUCGCCGACGAGGAUUGCUCGUAGCUCGGAAUCUAGGGUUUCGAUCUCUCGUUCUUCGUUCUUCUCCCACCGAUGGAGGCGGUGGUGGUGGACGCCGGAUCCAAGCUCCUUAAAGCUGGCUUCGCCGCUCCGGAUCAGGACCCUGCCCUGAUAAUUCCGACCAAAAUGAAACGUGUGUUGGAGGAUGGAGAGCCGGCAGAUGGUUCGGCGGUUGAGGAGGUGAUGGUGGAUCCGGUGGUGAGGGGUUUUAUCAGAGACUGGGAUGCGAUGGAGGACUUGCUACACCAUGUUCUCUACACAAACCUUGGAUGGGAGGUUGGAGAAGAAGGGCAAAUUCUGUUUACGGACCCACUUUCCACUCCAAAGUCUGUCAGAGAACAACUGGUGCAGCUAAUGUUUGAAACAUUCAAUGUUUCGGGCUUUUAUGCCUCCGAACAGGCAGUAUUGUCACUUUAUGCAGUAGGUCGCAUCUCAGGAUGCACUGUUGAUAUUGGACAUGGGAAGAUAGAUAUUGCACCAGUUUGUGAAGGUGCUGUUCAGCACAUUGCUUCAAAAAGAUUCGAGAUUGGUGGAAUUGACUUGACAAAUUUACUUGCUCAAAAACUUCAUAAGUCCAAUCCAUCAGUGAACUUCGACAUUUCUGAGGUUGAGAAGUUGAAAGAGCAAUAUGCAUGCUGUGCAGAAGACCAAACUGCCUUUGAAGAGAUCCAAAAUUCAUGCCCGAAAGAGCAGCACACUCUUCCGGAUGGACAGGUGAUAACAAUUGAAAGGGAAAGAUACAUCAUUGGUGAAGCUCUUUUUCAACCAUCUAUCUUGGGCUUGGAGGAGUAUGGGAUUGUUGAACAGCUGGUUCGUAUCAUCUCAAGUGUUUCAUCCGAGAACCACCGACAGCUACUCGAGAAUAUUGUUUUGUGUGGUGGUACAACUUCUAUGAUUGGUUUUGAAGAACGCUUCCAAAAAGAGGCAAAUCUGUGUCCUUCAUCUGUUCGUCCAUCUCUUGUAAAGCCUCCGGAAUACAUGCCUGAGAAUUUAUCAAAGAACUCAGCCUGGAUGGGAGGUGCUAUAUUGGCUAAAGUUGUUUUCCCCCAAAAUCAGCACAUCACCAAGGCAGACUAUGAUGAGACAGGACCAUCUAUUGUCCACAAAAAAUGCUUCUAGUACUUACCAAUAUGAGAUGUAGAUACGAAUUCAAGUCGGAAUUGGUCAGGGAUUCACAGCCACAUCUGUUUCGGAAUCUUUCAGUAUCUGGCUUCAUGAAUCUGCCUCCUAAGUGCUUUUCUAAAUCUGUUGAGAGUCCCCAUCUCCCUCAUUCCUGAAUCAGGUAACUAAGGGGUAGAAGUCAAAUUGAUUUUCUUGUAUGUUGAAUUAGUUUAUCAUCAAAUUUAGCCAUUGAAAAAUGAAUUGAUUGGUUUUGUCAUAUCCAGCAAAGAAAAAUAUUUACCUACUAUGCAGGGAAUUUGAAGGGAAAAAGGGAUCGUUUUAGAAAGGUGAAUUUGGAACACAUUACUGCCGACUAGUGGAUCCUAUUCAACAUGGUUCCAAAGGAGUAGGAAGCCAAUAAUGCCAUCGCCAUUUCAUGGCCCUCUUCCACUCCAUUGAUGGUAACAAUUUGAAUGCACAUUUUACUUUAAACUGCCAAGAUGGUGCUGUUGGAGAAGCCUAAUCCUAAUAAAACAGCUUUAUUAGGGGUCUUGCUCUGUCAGUUUCCGAUGGGAUAAUUAGUAUUCAUCAUUUGAAAGCUUAUCUGACAGAUUAUCAAUAUCAUGAGGAACUUGGAUUUGUUCAGCCUUGUUCUUCCUGUUGCGUUAAAGAUCUCAUAGGAACGCAAAAACAAUUGGAGCCAUACAUGCUCAACAAAAUUAAGUUCUGAAGAUAUUAUGGAGAAAAACUUAACUAGAUGUAGCUAAUAUACUAGUCCAAAGUGCUGGUUUUGCUUGAGGGUGAAUCUAGUUCAACGGCAUGUGCCGAAUAUCUUUUCUCGGCAAGCAUGUACAUAAUAUUUUGAAAAGCUCGAUGAAUGAAAUAACUUUCACAUA